ACUCAUCGCGAGAUUGUAUAUAGGAUAGAAACAAUACGUCCUAUAGACGUUCUGCGCUAUCAAACAAAUCUCCUAGUCUAUAUUUUAUCGUGUUCCCUGACAGAAGCGAUUAUUUCGACCCUUUCGAGUGGCGUAAGCAGAAGCGUAUACAUCGUGGGUCUUCCCUUUCAAAUAAUUUUUCGCUUUUCGAUACCUCUUUACGAAUUUCUAUCGAAUAUCUAAGAUCACGUAAAUUUCAAUGAAAUUACAAUGAUUACAACGAUAUGAAGUGCAAUUUGAAAAAAGAGAUUGAAUCAGCGAACAAGAUGCGAGCAACUUUUUGGACCGAUACAAAAUUACAUCGACCCGUCACGAUUCAUGUCAAAUCUCCUAAAAGCAAUCUACAAUUAAGUAGAUUCGAUACAUUGAAGACAGACGUAGAAAAUCCAGAAGUAUCCGAUUUGAACGUAUCUUUGGUGAACAAUUUUAAUCCGGCUACCGAUAGUUUUCACGCGUCGGUCAAACCAAUCAUUUUGUUGGCGAAUUGCUUUUCGAUGCUUCCAGUUUCCGGUGUCAACACUCCGGAUGCAUCUUAUCUAAAAUUUACCUGGUGUAGCCCAAAAUUAUUGUACACCAUCGCAUCCUUUUUAGGUGCAAUCGUUAUGACUAUAUUCAACAUUCUACAAUUCACUAAGACGGGCAUAAAUUCCAUGAAGACGACUAGUUUAGUUUUCUAUGGCACCUCUCUAAUCGCGUCUCUCCUCUUCCUGAAACUCGCCAAAUUAUGGCCUUGCUUGGCGUUAACGUGGGAAAAAAUCGAACGAGAGUUCAUGUUUAGACAUCGGAGAGUUUCUCGAAUAAGUCUAGCUGGUAGAUUUAAAUUAAUUACCGCCAUCGUGAUGACCCUCGCAAUGAUCGAACAUACUUUAUCUAUACUUAAGGGCUUCUCUUAUGCAAUGACAUGUGUAAAAUAUCGAAGUGAUUCCGACGUUAUCGCAGAAUAUUUUGAAUCGCAAUUCCCCCAGGUAUUCUCGCAAAUGUCCUACAGUUUAUGGAAAGCUAUAUUAGUGGACAUAAUUAACAUGUUAAGCACCUUCUCAUGGAACUUCGUCGAUCUUUUCUUGAUCCUCGUAAGCAUGGCUCUGGCAGAUCAAUUUCAACAAUUGAACAGUCGUCUUAAUUCCGUUAGAGGAAAGGCGAUGCCGGACUGGUGGUGGGCCGAGGCUAGAAACGAUUACAAUCAUCUGGCUAGUUUGACUAGGCGAGUCGAUUCUCAUAUUUCAACGAUCGUUUUUCUAUCGUUUGCGACCGAUCUAUACUUCAUUUGCAUCCAACUGUUAUUCUCUUUCAAUUUGCAACGCAGUCACAUACAGAAGAUCUACUUUUGUUUUUCCUUUGGAUUUCUUGUCACAAGGACCACGGCUGUAUCCUUGUAUGCAGCUUCUAUUAACGAUGAGUCGCGUUUGCCGGCACCGAUACUUUACAGCGUUUCGAGUGCCAACUAUUCUACAGAGGUAAUGAGAUUUUUGACACAAGUCACGACCGACAGUAUAAGCUUGACCGGAAUGAAAUUUUUUUCUGUUACGAGAGGCCUCGUCUUGACCAUUGCGGGUACUAUCGUCACAUACGAGUUGGUAUUGGUACAAAUAAACAAUAUACAACAAACGAUCCAGUCUAACAUAACGAACAUUUGCGAGGUGGACGAAGAACAAUUAUACAGCAAUGGGAGUACCGUUUUACUUUGAUCAUUUAUUCUGGCGGUCAAUAAGGUUACGGCACACGUUCGAAGAAUGAGAAAGGCAAAGGAACUGAAGAAGUAGAGGUUACUCAAAA